AUGAGCAACAAUGUAUCUUGGUCUGAACUAGGCCUUGCUGAAAGCAGAUUCCGUUAUCCUAAGUCAUGUUUCUUAGAAGACGGUGAAUUAGUCAGCGCCUCCUGGUCUACCAUCUGCAUCUCUCUCGCCACACACAGAGCAAGCCCAUGCAACACGUCCCGGUGCAACAUGCAAGGACCCAGGUGCGGUGUGAUGGCACCUCUUAAGGGGCUGAUACCACUUACACCACUUCAUAAUAGCCGACACAAGGCAAUGGCCAACACACGACUCAAGAUGCCACGAACAUCUGAGCAUGAUCACCAGCGCGUGCCAUGGCAGGCACUCGAUUCACAGCACUGUCACAGCAGCCAGUCAGGUGGUCACCGAGAGGCAGAUUUCAUCGAUGGACCCUCGGGCCUUGACCCACAGCGCUCUGUUAUAUGCCUCAGGCUCCUCCACAUCAUUAUGUUCCUCGGCAGCUCCUCGAGCAGGUCAUACAACACAGCAUCAGUAGAAAACAAAUGUUGCAUGCGCUACCAUGCUGAAGGCGUUACAUUAUCGAAUUUCCAUCCUUUAAGUCAUUACGAGCUCCUAGGUGUGCUAAAUGGCCGAGAGCAAGACGGCCAGGAUGAGCAGCUGGUUCCAGACGACAAUGAGGGCGGGCACCUGCAGCGGUGGGCGGUGCGGGUGUGCGCGGGCGUGAUCGGCCUCCUGCUGAUGGCGGCGCUGGGGAUGCUGCUCCGCGCCAUGGAUCACCGCCACCCCGCGUCUCCGGGUGCUAAACUGAGCAUAGGAGUCCUACUGACAGACACGCCCCUGGACAAAGACCUCUUGCGGGCGGCGCUGAGAGCGGCACGGGAACAACACUCUGCCAGCGUAAGACUAAGUGACAUCCACGUAAAGCAGGCACAGACUCAUGGCACUGUCUCGGGUGCCAUCGAUGCUUUCAAGAAAUUAUGGAAUGAAGGCGUGAAAAUAUUCUUGAUUGGCGGUGAAAACAGCGACAUUCUGAUAUCCUUAUGUAAACAUAUCGAGAGCAGCGGCCACGCGAGCCUCCUAGUGUCUCCUGAGACGAUGGUCUCACAAGACGUCUGUCCGUCUCUGGUGUCGCUCUCGCCAGCUCAAGAGACGGUCACCGUGGUUGAAGCGGGGCGAUUAUUGGAAGCGAAGGUGAGCCAUGUGGUUCCUGUUGUGACCACGUUCGAAGCCGGCCAGUUGACACAUUUGGUGAAGGCCGCGGAAGCACGAAACCUCACCGUGACUCCUGCGGUGCUCUUGGAUCCUCAGCACAUCUCAUUAGCACAACUAAAAGAGAGACUAGCUGAAUACCCUAAAGCAGGUGUAUGGAUGUCCUUGGGAUCUGACCUGCCGCACAUUUUUGCUGAAGUAAGUUAUCUGGUCUGUGGUCGUCUGGUGAUGCUGCACGCGCACGCCGCCCACCGAGCCCGUCUCCUGCGGCAUCCCCUGGCGCGGGAAGCAGCCGAAAAAUGUGGUGUGUGCAGCGCAGCGUGGGCGGGCUCCACCAGGAUCGAUACAGCCGCUCGCCGCCGCCUCCUGGAUGACCUGCAACCUGAGGAUCCAUUAUUUGCCUCCCUCGCCUAUGACAUUACUGGUCUAGCUCUGGCAGCUCUCACUGUCGGUCGUGAUGCUUCAGUGCCCGAGCUAAGAGCCCAAAUACUGAACUAUGGCAGUCUCAAGGGUGUCACGGGUAGUAUGAAAGAUGGCAGAAGAAGCGGAUGGGUGGCUCGAUUAAGGCUUGUAGCUCAACGCCUGGUAGGAUGGGCAGUUCUUCAGGAUACGCCAUGGCUGCUGGAGGGAUGCACACAGAUUGCGAGCGAGGAAGAGGGGUCAUGGGCACCAUCCUGAAAACCCACGCCCCGACACACAUGGUGACGCAGGAAGAGGUACUGGACAUCAUUAAUCGCGGGCGAUGUAACAGAAGCGCGCGG